AGAGAAAAAGUAUGAAAACGGGAGAGAAAUUUGACCGAUUGAUUGAUACUGACAUUAGCCUCAUGGUUGAACAAGAAAGUGAAAUUUUUUUAAUCGAUUUUACCAAGAAUCGUAAAAAGACACAGGCGAAGACUAGAAAACGACUGUAUAUUUAUACCAUUGCUGCAGUGGAGCUUGCUUUUUUCAAUUUUGGUUUCCGUUUCAGAAGAUUAUACUCACUUUUCUACCAUCGCUGUUUGUGUUUCUCUUGCGAUUGGUCUCUCUCGUGAUUGAAAUGGGUAUAUACCUUAGCAAUCCCAAAACUGAGAAGUCCUCUGAAGACGGUGAGAAUCGACGACUUAGAUAUGGACUAUCAUCCAUGCAAGGAUGGCGUGCCACAAUGGAAGAUGCUCAUGCUGCAGUUCCUGAUCUGGAUGCCAGCACUUCCUUCUUUGGUGUUUAUGAUGGCCAUGGAGGUAAGGUGGUUGCGAAGUUCUGUGCAAAGUACCUACAUCAGCAAGUGAAGAAAAAUGAAACUUGUGCGGCUGGAGAUAUAGGAGCUUCUGUGCAGAGAGCAUUCUUCAGAAUGGAUGAAAUGAUGCGUGGACAAAGAGGUUGGAGAGAAUUAGCUGUUUUGGGAGAUAGAUUGAAUAAGUUCACUGGCAUGAUAGAAGGUUUUAUCUGGUCGCCAAAAAGCAGUGAUGCAAAUGACAUAGCUGAUGAUUGGGCUUUUGAGGAGGGUCCGCACUCUGAUUUUUCUGGCCCAACUUCUGGGUGUACUGCUUGUGUUGCAAUUAUUAGAAAUAGCAAACUUGUUGUUGCAAAUGCUGGUGAUUCUCGCUGUGUGCUAUCAAGAAAGGGCCAGGCCCACAGUCUCUCUAGAGAUCACAAACCUGAUCUUGAGGCUGAGAAGGAUAGAAUUCUGAAAGCUGGUGGUUUUAUUCACGCUGGACGAGUCAAUGGUAGCUUGAACCUUGCCAGAGCUAUUGGUGACAUGGAAUUUAAGCAGAAUAAAUAUUUAACUGCCGAAAAGCAAAUUAUUACUGCCAAUCCUGACGUGACCACUGUUGAGCUUUGCGACGAUGAUGAGUUUAUUGUGAUAGCUUGUGAUGGUAUAUGGGAUUGCAUGUCUAACCAGCAACUGGUAGAUUUUAUACAUGAACAGCUAAAAUCAGAAAGUAAACUCUCUGUGGUUGUUGAGAGAGUACUUGAUACAUGUUUGGCACCUUCCACAGCUAUUGGCGAGGGAUGUGAUAACAUGACCAUGAUUUUGGUGCAGUUUAAGAAAGAUAUUCAAUCAAAUUCCUCGCUGGGUGAUGGAACUUCACCCGUCGCCGCCCGUGCCGGUCCAGACAGUACAGAAUCAGUACAAAAAGAUGAGUUUAGCUAGUGACUUUGACCUCACAAAUGGUUAUUUCUGUUGUGAUUUCUUUCUAAAGGGAGUAGAUUACUCGUACUUCUUCCCAUUUGCUAUAAAAUAUGGAUUCUGGGAUUUGUAACCAUAGAUGUCUUAGUUGGGGUUCCCUUUUUUCCUCUUCUAGUGCUUGAGUGUAGAAUGAGGUCAACUACUUUAAUUAUGUACAGUUUUCUGUAAAACCAGCUAGCUCUCUAAGACUCUUGAAUGAUAAAGCCUCCAUUAAAAUGAAAUUUCCCAUUCUGAUUGCCUUCUCUGUU